AAACUGUUUCUCGACUCGAUGUCUGAACAUACGUCGACGUUGUUCGCAACGUCGGAAUUUCUCACUGCUGACUUGUUUGCUUAGUUGGAACAAGUGUAACACGAUUUCUUUGCCACGUGGCAGUCUCUUAAUGGCCAUCCUCCUAUUCCGGAUUCUCUAUAUAUAUAUACCCUUCCCCAAGCAAACUCGCUGCCAUUACCAUUUCUUCAUCUCCUUCUUCCCGCCGGCAUGAGUGUCCGAUCAUGGCUACUCCCCUGCGCCACCGCUACCUCCACCGCCGCCGACUCCAAUACGCCGCCUCAAUCCUCCUCCUUCUCAAAUUCCGACACGUCGGUCAACUCUUCAUCGUCGUCGUCGACACCGACUUCCGACACUAGCUGCUCCACUCUCCAAAGCAAUCUCUCCCUUCAAUCCCAACCGUCCAUUCCAUCUCUCCAAACUCUCCCCACCGUAACCGAUACCGGAAACGUCGCCGUUUCUCAACUUCACCUCGCCUCUUUCAAGCUCCCAAUCUCCCAUCUCGCCGUCCAUGGUCCCCACCUCUAUGUCGCCACCGCUCACGAAAUCAACGUCUACGAUCGAUCCACCUACACCCACGUAGCCUCAAUCAACGAUCGAGAUUCCUCCUCCGGCGCCGUCAAGGGAAUCGCCUUUCUAAACGCCCAAAUCCUUACUUCCCAUCAAGAUGGAAAAAUCCGCGUCUGGAAUUUAACGAAUAAUCAAUUCAAAAAGGUCAACACUCUCCCGACAGUCAACGACCGCCUCCGCCGGUUCCUACUCCCGAAAAAUUACGUCAACGUCCGCCGUCACAAGAAAGUCCUCUGGAUUCAACACGCCGACGCCGUCACUGGACUCGCCGUGAACAGAAAUUCAUUUUACUCUGUUUCUUGGGAUCGGAGUUUGAAAAUCUGGCAAGGCUCCGACCACCGCUGCGUCGAGUCCGUCAAGGCAGCGCACGAGGACGCCAUAAACGCAGUGGCCGUCUCCGCCGCGGGGAUUGUGUACACCGGAUCGGCCGAUCGGAGAAUCAGAGUAUGGUCGAAACCCGCGGCGGAGAAACGGCAUAUUCUGGUAACGACUUUAGAGAAGCACAAAUCGGCGGUGAAUGCAUUGGCGUUAAACGACGACGGUUCAUUGCUGUUCUCCGGUGCCUGUGAUCGGUCCGUUCUGGUGUGGGAAAGAGAGGACGGCGCGAAUCACAUGGCGGUGAUCGGAGCAUUGAGGGGACACAAAAACGCGAUUCUCUGUUUGAUCUACGUCUCAGAUUUGCUGUUGAGUGGGUCCGCAGAUCGGACGGUCAGAGUUUGGCGACGUGUAGGAGAUGGGAGUUUUAACUGUUUGUCCGUACUGGAGGGUCACCGGAAACCGGUGAAAUCUCUGGUGGUGGUUUCCGACGGGUUGUCAAACGGCGUCGUUUCGGUGUGCAGUGGGAGUCUGGACGGUGAAGUGAAAGCCUGGAAACUCUCAUUUUCGAAUAUUAAUGGAAUAUUAAAUAAUUAGAACAAAUUUGUUUUUUUUUAUUAUUUUAUUAUUUUA